UGAGUUUGGUAAUGAAUACCUCUCUAAUGUUGAGUCCAUAGGGCUUCCAAUGUCACGACACUCUGGAAAAACAACAGGGGAAGGGAUUGGUGCAAGUAAACUAGUGACCAUGUCAGACAUCGAAUUGGAACAAGCACAUUUGUAUGUAUUACACAAUGCUGAUGAGGUUGAGCCAUAUGUUGAAAAGCACAAGGAAAUCCUUCAAAGUUUGAACCCUAACAGGAGUGAAAAUUGGUUAACAAGAGAGCAUAAUCAAAGUUUCAUAUCAUGGCUAAAAGAACAUAUUUUUUCAGAAAUUGCCAAAAAUCCUUAUUCAAUUUCAGAAAGAUUGAGAUGGUUAGCAAAUGGUCCUAAUUCAAAUGUUCUAUCGUACUCUGGUUAUAUAAUUAAUAAGUAUACAUUUUAUACCAAAGAACAUGAUCACCAAAGCACUAUGCAAAAUAGCGGUGUCACACUCAUAGCUGAAUCUGUGCAUAUCUCAAGUUCCAAAGACAGAAAUCCUGCAUUUUCCAAAUUGUCAUAUUUUGGGGUCAUUGAACGUAUUUGGGAGUUGGAUUACUCAUGCUUUCAAGUUCCCAUGUUUGGUUGCAAGUGGGUUGACAACAACAAUGGCCUUCAAGUUGACCCUGGGUUCAUGAAGGUCGAUCUUAAUAAAGUGGGUUAUAAAGACGAGCCUUUUAUUUUAGCAUCACAAGCUCACCAAGUAUUCUAUGUCACUGAUCCCGCCGAUGAAAAGUGGUCUAUUGUGUUUCUAAGUAACAAAAUAAAUGAUCACCACACUCAAAGUAUAGACGUUGAGGAUGAUCCUUUCUUUAAUACAUCGCAAUCCCUUGAGGAUGAAUCAAUUAUAGAUGAUACUCUUUAUAUGAGAAACGAUCACAAUGAUGGGAUUUGGAUCAAUCCAUCAUUUUAUGUAACUAGAAAAAACAAAAGUAGGAAUCCAAUUACAAGGAAGAGGAAAAGGAAGUCAUGAUCUUGUAUGGUUUAUUAAUCUAAGUGUCAUCCCAUGUUUUUGUCGCAUCGCUUGAAAAUUGUCUUAAAUGUUAAAUAUGGUUGCUUCUAAUGAUGAAAGUGGAUCGUCUAGUUCAAAAACAGUUGGUAAACGUGGUGUGACCCGAUUGCAAACAAUUCACAAAGCCAAAAGCAAUGGAAAGAGGAUUGAGGUUCAAUGGAAUGCAAGGGGUCAACCAAUCAAGCAUAAUAGCAAGAGUUUUGCUAGUUAUAUUGGUAUCACAGUUCGUCGGUUAGUUCCAAUUAGUUUGGACAGUUGGAGUGCAAAAAAAAAUAAAGAGGCUAUAGGGGUUUAUAAGCAAAACAUUUGGGAUGAAAUUGAA